UCCUUCCCUAUUCUCUUCUCUUACACUUAAAACACACAUUUUUCCUGCUCUCAUCUCUCUUUUAUUAGACAACAUAAAUAUAAGUAUUUGAAGAAGAAAAAGAAGAGAGGUCAUGUCUUGCUCUGUGAGGAGUAGAUUCGCGAUGGUGUUAUGUAUCAUUAUUUUGCUUUUGUCAUCCAAUGUUGGAUAUGCCAGUGCUCGUCGGCUAGGGCUUCGCAAGCAUCACCACAAGGUUGCUUCUCUCGUACAUGGCGGAGGAAAAAGGAGGGUGCUUGGUGGAAUCGAGACAGGGGAAGUAGUGGUCAUGGAUUACCCUCAGCCUCAUCGUAAGCCUCCUAUCCACAACGAGAAGGCUUAACUACUCGAUCCAUACCCCUUUAUCUAUAUCAUACUGUUAUAUUCAUAUAUGUAUGCAUUCACCAUGUUGCUGGUUGUAAUGACUUGUCCUAUAUACAAUAAUAUAUACGUGACCAAUUUUUCUCUUCU